UUAGUCCCUUCUGAUACUGAAAUCUAACUUCUCACCGUUGGAGACAUUUAAAUGUCUGGGACGCAGAGCCAAUCAGACAGGAGCCAGAACUAUCCUGGAUCUACAACUGUCCCGGAAACAAACGGCAUGCUUCUGUAAGAAUGAGACCAUGGAAGAACAAAUGGAAACACAUCAAAGGCUCCUCCGCAGGAUGAUUUUAAGUCCUAAAAAAUAACACAUGGAUUGUUCAAACCUUCAGCUGUAAGGAGUGCAAGCUGCUGAGCCCUAAAACAUGACCUCCUGCAAUUUACAAUGGCAUCUUGUCUUAUUAAACUUCAUGACUUGUGGCCUUGAGAUCUGCAUCGCAGCUGGCAUUACAUACGUGCCUCCUUUACUAUUGGAGGCUGGCGUAGAAGAACAGUAUAUGACUAUGGUUCUGGGUAUAGGACCAGUGCUGGGACUCAUUUUUGUACCACUGAUCGGUUCAGCUAGUGAUAAUUGCCAAAGUAGCUAUGGCCGAAGACGUCCAUUCCUCUGGUUCCUUUCUCUUGGGGUUCUCUUCUCACUUUUCAUCAUUCCACAUGCAGACUUACUUGCCUCCUAUUUUACCUACAGGGAAAAAGGUGCCCACAUAUUUUUUCUAAUUCUUGGGGUAGGAUUAUUAGAUUGUUGCGUCCAGUUCUGUUUUACUCCCUUGGAGGCUCUGUUAUCUGACUUAUACCAUGAUGAUGAAGGCUGCAGCCAAGCCUUUGCUAUGUUCUCAUUCAUGAUUAGUAUUGGAGGUUGCAUUGGAUACCUAAUGACAUCUGUUAACUGGAACUACACUUACAUGUCACUCUACCUCGGUGGCCAAGAUGAGUGCCUCUUUUUAAUGCUAAGUAUUAUAUUUAUAAUUAGUGUCCUUGUCACUAUGAAGACAUCUGAAGAACCUGUCUAUGGUCCACCACAAAUAGUGGAGAGGAAAUCUAUUGCAUCAAUAUCUUUCUCAAAGUGCUGUUGCAUACCAAAAUGGAAGACACGAUCCUGGAAGUGUAGCCCAUUAUUUUGUUUGUUGAGUCUUUGUUGGUCAAUCACCCCAAGAAUAUAUCAUAGCUACUGCCGUAUUCCUACCGUAAUAAAGCACCUGUGUGCUGCUCAGCUUUGUAGUUGGAUGGCAGUAAUGUCAUUUAUGCUGUUUUAUACUGACUUUGUUGGAGAAGGAUUGUACAAAGGCAUUCCAAGUGCAGCUCCUGGAACAGAAUCCAGGCUUCGAUAUGAUGAAGGGAUACGCAUGGGAAGUCUUGGGCUCUUUCUACAAGGUGCAACUUCAACUUUCUUUUCCGUGAUCAUGAAUAAACUUACCAAACACUUUGGGUCAAGAAACAUCUACAUUGCCAGCAUGGUAACCUUUACAUCGUCCGCAUUUGUGAUAUGCUUGUCCCAGAAUAUUGUAAUAGUGACCAUUAUGUCAUCACUGACUGGAUUUGCAUAUGCUACACUACAGACCCUUCCAUACACACUGAUUUGUAUGUACCACACGGAAAAAGAUAUCUUUAUGCCGAGGGCAGUGGAGUGUAAAAGACCGGAUGGAAAUACUCUCACCAAAGAAGCAGUUUAUUUUGCGCCCAAUAUAGCUGUUUGUCAGAGUGAUGGUGGCAAAGAGGAAAGGGUAUUUAUUCCUCAGGAACUAGAGAGUUAUAUUCAUUUUCAAGAACACCAAUACUAUUCUAAUAAUAACUGCAAGCAAACCUUGGACAAAAAAGAAACUUGCAAAGAUACCUAUUCAAAACGAGGGAUAGGACUGGACUUCGCAACUCUUGACAGCGCGUUCCUGCUUUCUCAGGUGUUUCCGUCCCUCUGUAUGGGAAUGAUUGUACAAUUUAUGCAAUCUGUUACUGUGUACAUUGCAUCAUCUGUCAUUUUUGGAAUAUUUGCCAUUUACCUGGCAAACAGAAUUGUUUUUGACCAAAAAGACUUGCAUAGUUAAAUAAUAAUCUUUGUUCCGCUAAUUUGUUGGUUAGAUUUGUUGUUUACAGUGUUCAUGUUUACAGUAAUAGAAAUGGAUCUCUUCCAACACCGAUAAAUUGACACUGACAUUUGAAAAUGUUUAUUUAUAGUCACAAAACCUUUAAAAUGUUAUUUUGAAAUAACUUUGUCCGUCAUGAAAAAUACUCAUGCUAGAUGUUAAAAAAAAAUCCAAUUCUUAUCAUGUAGAAAAACAUUGUCAUUUUUAGAUGCAUUUUAAACCAAAUACAUAUUUCAGUAUUAACCCUUUUUUAUUUUCUGGUUCACAUAACUUUUAUAAUAAUGGUGCCUUUAUCCUAUUUUAAUAAUAACUGGUGAUCAGUGACUUAUGGAGUUACCAACAGUGCCUUCUUGGCUCUGCCUCAGGACCCAACUUGGAUGCUUCAUUACUAACACAGCACUGUCCCUGUUUAGAACUUAAAGGUACAGUAAAGUCAAAUUUAAAGGGACAGUUUACUCAAAAAAUGUCUCCCCUUUAAUUUGUUCCCAAUGAUCCACUUUACCUGCUGGAGUGUAUUAAAUUGUUUAUAAGUAUUUCCAUUACCCUUAUAUUGGCAUUUUAAAUAGUUUAUUUAGCCUGUGGUAUCCCCACCCAUCCUGAAAGUUUUUGGCCUCGAGGCCAAGCUGUGUUAACACAGCCAGUAAAAGAAAUAACACUCUCAGUGGGUUAUAGAAGAAAUAAGGUAAUAAAAUGUUAAUUUUUCAUUGCUCUCUCCAAGUAUUGGUGAUUGGUUUACGGACAGAUAUAAGAUAAAGAAGCUGUAUAUGUACACAAUGUGAUAAAGUAAUGAGAUUUGAUUAUUAGAUUAUUAUUAGGUUGUGGCUUCAAAACACAAAACCAGCUAAUUCAUAUAUACAAAUAAGCCUUAAAAAAGCAAGUAAUUUGAAUCACAUUAAUCUUUUUCCGGUCCUAUUUCAGAAUGCAUCCGACAAAUGGUUUUUCCGCUUGCGGUCCAAUGUCGGAUAAUUCUGACAUAACUUUUCCACCGGGGAGACACGGAAUGAGUCAACAUAGUUGCUGUGCACAUUUUCUCUGUGCAUGACAGGCAAUCAUUGGGGCCAAUAGCAAGUUUGUCUGCUUUGACUGGCAAGCAAAACAACCAACAGAACCCAUACGUAAUUUCUUGCUCUAGUGCACUCUUCACUCUCGCCUAACUUCCCCCAGGAAACGACGGUGCCCGGGGGAAACGGGCAAAAAACAUACGAUGGCCCAAGGGGCGUGAUCAUAUGCAUAUGAACCAAUUCCGUCCAGGCCACGCCCUCAGGAAAUUCCCACAAACCACAAUGCACGUUGAGAGCCUUCACAAUCCAAAAGCCAGCAGCUAGCCAUCGCCAGUUCACGAGGGCUGCUCAGGGCAACAACAGAACACUCAGUGGAAGUUUUCAACGCCGCCUCCCCAGCUGGGAGUGGGCCACGCACACACCACAUAUGUUUUUUUGUUUUCAGAAAAUUAAAUAAGACCUGCUGGAGCACUAAGUGUAAUUUUAUAGAAUACUGUCCCUUUAAGCUUUGACGAUUUAGAUCUAGAAUGCUAUUUUCAACAACUUUCUAAUUUACUUCUACUGUCAAAUUUGCUUUGUUGUCUUGGUAUCCUUUGUUGAAGAGUAAAUCUAGGUAGGCUCAUAGGAGAUCAGGAGAGUACACAUUUCUAGCAUUCUAGCCAGCAGUUUUUGCAACAAUGUACAACAUUGCUACAAAUAUUGCUGCAAACACUGCUGCCAUAGAAUUUUAGGCGCGUGCACGCUGCAGAUUUUCCAUAAGCCUACCUAGGUUUACUCAUCAAUAAAUGAUACAAAAACAACAAAUCAAAUUUGAAAUUUGAAGUACAUUGGAAAGUUGAUCUAUCUUAAUCGUCAAAGUUUAGUUUUGACUUUACUGUCCCUUUAAAAACCCUGGUCCCUGUACCGGCUGAAAUUGUCCUACAUUUACAUUAGUUUAUUUUUAGAAAAUAGCAGCAGCUAGCCCAUGCAUUGCAUGAGACCAGUUGCUUCCUUUAAUAAUUUUGGGUCGCUUAGUUACUUGUACUAUGCCCAUAAAAGUUACAAUUAGUGGCCACAUUGGAUAAGAAAAUCUCUCUUUAUCCAAUAAGGCCACCGAGUGACUAAUUAAAAUGGAAAUUACUGGCCCAGAAGCAGGAAAACUGCCAUUGAUUAGUGGCGAGUGUUUCUUCCAGUUAGCUCACUAGCGGUUUCUUGCUCAGGAGCUGUUAUGCAAAUAGUUAAAGGGGCAUCAAACUAAAAUAUAUUCAGUCUUGCAUAUGAAAGGACAACAUUUAAACACAUUAAAAUGUGUUCAAAUUGGUAUUGAAACUGUUGGCCAAUACAUGUUUGUGCAAAAAUGAUUCUCAAGGUGCAAGUGCUCAUAGACUGGUAAUUACAGUUCUGUUGAUAGAAAGUUACAAGCCUAAAAAUUAAAAAACAAAGCCGAUUCUUGUUUUUUUUUUCAAGAAAAAAUUGUAAUUAAUUUUAAAAUAUCCAACAAAGAAAAAAAAUGUAUUGCAUAUUUGUAAUAUUUUACCUAUAAACAAACAAUAAAACAAAAACAAAUUAUCAUAUUUCACACCGGAUAUGUAUAAUAGGGAAAUGUAUUCUGGAAAUGUUUCCUUACACACUUUUCUCCCUAAAAUAAAAUACACUAUAUAACUAUAAAUAUUUUAUUUUCAAAUAUAUUAAGGGGUGCAACUUAACAAUAUAGAACAGUAAAAUAUUUAUUUGUAACAAUUCUCUAACUUAUGUACUGUAUGGUUUUGUUAAUCUUUUGAAUGGUAACUACUGGUAAUGAAUCAGCAUUUUGAAGCAUUAUUGUAAUUUAUAAUACAUCUAGGAAUAAGCUGCUAAUAAUGUAUUUAUUUAUUUUCCAUAAUGGGCUAAUACCUCUUAAUUGUAGUAUGUAAUUCUACUGUAGAAUCAAAAGGUCUGCCUGCAAUGCUAUACUAAAUUCAUGAGUAAGGCCAGAACUAGCAUUUAUAUUUUUAUCAAAUAUUUAUUUAUUGCUAUAACAAUAUAUAGAUGAGUCCAUUAGUGUUGAUUUUUAGUUGCUUUUAAAGUCUACCAUAGUGGAUGGUACAGAUAGUUUAGCAAAAAAGCUGUUUAUUAGAUAUGUGCAUAUUUUAUUAUGCAAAUCCAGAUAUUUGUGUCUUGUACACUUAUAAAUUUGUCCCUCCAAAAUAAGCCGAAUGCCACAGAUGACGGCCAUUUUUUGGCAUUCGUUUCACUAACAAAAAGUGCUGAAUAUUUGCACAUAUCUACUGUUAAUUGUAUUUAAACUGCAAGUAACUAAUUAAUCUUUGUAAUAUAAAUAAAGCAGAAAUCUGAAUAUGCCUGGUAAAGUAUAAAAUCAUACAGCAGUGGUAUAUAGUAUAUCUUCACUCAUCACAUGUGCAUAUAUCAUUUGAUUUUAAAAAUGAUGUGAUUUGAGGACAUAUCACAUAUGUUUUUUCUGUUCAUUUAAUUAGUAAAUAUAUUAGCAUUAGAUUAUAAUUAAGCUGUCUGGCUGUUCUACUGGCCAUCCUCAUUACAGCAUAUCCUGUAGUUUGCUAAUUAUUUUCUUGUUGUCUGGAAUAUUUGACCUUGUUUUAUCUACAUAUUGUGUUUAUACUGAAAUUCAGCGACCCCUUUAUAAACAAUGUUUUCACACAUGAACCAUCUUAAUCAAAAUUGGACUUAAAAGGGACAUGAAAUACUUUGAGAUUAUAAUAUAAAAUGUUUAAUUAUAUGUAGCAAAACAACUUUUGCCAUAUAUGUUCAUUAUUUAUUUUGCCUCAUUUUUCUGUAAAUUAAUUCUGAAAAUUGUGGGCUUUCCAGUUCCUGUGAAAAGUGAAAAUGCGGGCUCUAAAAAUAACUGUUAUAUUUCAUCCAGUCAUUGGUUACACAAUCUAGUGAUCGAUUUAUAAUUGUCCCUGAUUGGCUUCAGCAGAGAAGAAAACCUAAGUUACAACGUGGUGAAGCCUAUUGUUUUAUGGACACUAAAACAUGACAUUCCUUUUUUUAAUAUUUAAACUAAUAUAAUUUAAAAAAAGAACACACAUCUAUACAUUAUUCUCAAACUAAUCUUUACUUUGAAUACAUCAUUCUGUCUAGCGUUUAACAUCCCUUUAAUACUAUUAUUAUUUUGAUGAUAAGGCUUUUUUUAACAUCUUAUGUCAAAGGAGUGUUGUGUAUUUAUAAGGUUUUCUUGGCACAUAAGCCCAUUUAAUGUCACUAAUUUGUACCUUCAGGUUUCUGUGUGAUGUGAAGAAAAGUAAAUUGGAAAAUGUGUUAAAUAUCUCAAGGAAAUGUUUUAUCAAGUUAAGCAA